AUGGGUGCUUCGAUAUCCAAGAUGAUGGCCAAGAUCUUCGGAUCUAAGGAAAUGAGGUUACUGAUGUUAGGCCUCGACGCCGCGGGCAAGACCACAAUCCUGUACAAGCUCAAGCUCGACCAAGACGUGACCACCAUCCCCACCGUUGGCUUCAACGUAGAAACUGUGACGUACAAGAACACCAAGUUCAACGUCUGGGACGUCGGCGGACAGGACAAGAUCAGGCCGCUAUGGAGACAUUAUUUCUCCGGUACCCAAGGCCUCAUCUUCGUCAUUGACUCCAACGACCGCGACCGUAUCGAGGAAGCCCGAACAGAACUCACGCGCAUCAUCCAAGAUCGGGAAAUGAAGGAUGCGCUGCUCCUGGUGUUCGCGAACAAGCAGGAUAUCGCCGGAGCAAUGCGACCCAAGGAAGUGUCAGAUAAGCUGCACCUCGAGAAGAUCGCGAAGGACCACGUGUGGAAAGUCGAGCCUAGCUGCGCGACCACGGGUGAAGGCAUUUUCGAGGGCCUCGCAUGGCUCUCAAACAACGUCAAAGUCCCCGUCGCAAAGUAA